AUGCUCGUCAUACCUCUCCUCAGGAACCAGUUCAAGUCCUCGUUGUCGCGUGCAUCAGCGCGUCCUUCGUCCUCGGCUCUACUUGUCGCUCGCAGAACCUUUGUCUCGCGCCCUGUCAUGCACUCGCCUGCGCGCCUCACACCGUCUCACACGCCCGGGCCGCGAAGCCGUAUUCUGGUACUCGGCGCCGGAAACUUCGGCUCUUGUCUUGCAGACCAUCUCGGCGAUACCGAACACGAUGUCUUCAUGUGGUCCCGCGAAGAGGACCUCGUCAAAUACUUCAAUGAGAACCAGAAGAAUAUCAGAUACCUCACAGACCACGCUUUCUCAAGGAAGAUCAAAGCUAUCGGUCCUGACCUACCGGAUGCGACGUUCAUCAAGGGCAUAGACGUGAUACUAUUCGCUAUCCCAACUGAAGGUGUAAGGCCCACGCUAGAACAGCUCCGUUCCAGUCUGGACCCGGCAACUGCGCCUCUGCUCAUCUUCGUGAACAAAGGCAUUGAAACUUCAACGAAUCAAUUGACGCUAGAGAUCAUCGCCGAUACUUGUGGCAAAGAGAUAGCGCGACAAGCUACCUUCCUUUCAGGACCAUCCUUUGCCAAAGAAAUCGUGAAACGGCAACCGACUAUGGUGUCUGUAUGUUCAAUGUCAAGCGAACAUGCCGAACGCGCUUCUGGUGUCUUCCACCAGCCUUGGUUCCGCUGCUAUACUGGCGGAGACGUGAUUGGCAUCGAGCUCGCCGGCGCCCUGAAGAACGUCUACGCGAUAGCCACUGGAAUUGCGGAUGGACUUGGUUAUGAAAAUAACACUCGGGCAAGUCUGAUCACCCGCGGAUUGGCAGAGAUGACCAGGAUUGGAACGGCGUAUGGCGCGAACCCGCUCACCUUCCUUUCCCUCGCGGGAGUCGGAGACCUCUUCCUGACCUGCAGCUCCCCAACAUCGCGUAACUACACCGUCGGCUACCGUCUCGGCCAGGGCGAAAAGCUGGACGAUAUUAUUCGUACGUUGGGCAGUGUAGCUGAGGGUGUGACGACGUCCAAGGGGCUCAAGGCCGUCAUCGAUAAGCUCGGUGUAGAGGCACCCAUCGCUGCGGGCGUCUACGGUGUUCUGUACGAAGGGAAAAACGUGGAAGGCGAGGCACGGGCGUUGAUGGAGUAUCCUCCGUCCAAAGAGCUCGAUUUCCCCGCGACAGCAGGUUUACCGGCUCGGAAGCUCAUGGCGAAGUUGGGCCUGCCGGGUGACACGCAGCUUUCGUCGUGA